CCCAGAGAGGGGGCUCCGGCUUCCCCGCAACGCGGCAGUCUGUUUCUGUUUACGGAGUGAAAGGGGAAAUGGAAAAGGCGGGGAGGCGGCGGCUGGCGUCCGCUGCGCCGCCCCUCGGCCGGCUCAGACGCCGUGAGUCAGGGGCGGACAAGGGCGACCCGGGAGGACAGCCUGGGCUGGAGGUCCCGCGCUCACUGGUGCGCUCGGGUCGGGACGACGCGCCACGCUCCGGGAUCGGUCGCCCUGGCUCCAGCUUCCGCUGCCGCCGGACCUCGCCGUCCCCGCGCGCUCUACUCCGGGGGGGUGGGCCACCGGAGGCGCACCGAGCCGUCUGGGGGCCGCGGCUGCAGCGCUCCGCCCGCCAGAUACAGCAUUUAAAACCUUACUGUGAAGAAACCCAGGGAACAGGUAGCCACAUCCCAUUUGCAGAUAAGAAAGGAGGCCUAAGCAGUAUCUGCAAAGCCGGGACUUCUCUGUGUUGUGCACAUACCAGCAACUACAGAAGGCAGAGCUCUUUGACUCUGCACCAGACACCUUACACACCUGAACUUCUUUAAACCUCACAACCGCCCUAUGAGACUCUCUAGAAAGCAUAACAGUGAUGGAGUACAUGAGCACUGGAAGUGACAAUAAAGAAGAGAUCGAUUUAUUAAUUAAACACUUGAACGUGUCCGAUGUAAUAGACAUUAUGGAAAAUCUUUACACAAGUGAAGAGCCAGCAGUUUAUGAACCCAGUCUCAUGACCAUGUGUCAAGAUAGUAAUCAAAAUGAGGAGCGUUCAGAAUCUCUGCUGCUCAGUGGCCAAGAGGUGCCUUGGCUGUCAUCGGUCAGUUAUGGAACUGUGGAGGAUUUGCUUGCCUUUGCAAACCACAUAUCCAACACCGCAAAGCGUUUUUAUGGACACCGACCUCAGGAAUCUGGGAUUUUAUUAAAUAUGGUAAUCACUCCCCAGAAUGGACGCUAUCAAAUAGACUCUGAUGUUCUCCUCAUCCCUUGGAAGCUGACUUAUAGGAAUAUUGGCUCUGAUUUCAUACCUCGGGGGGCCUUUGGAAAAGUGUACUUAGCACAAGAUAUAAAGACUAAGAAAAGAAUGGCGUGUAAAUUGAUCCCAGUAGAUCAAUUUAAGCCAUCUGAUGUGGAAAUCCAGGCCUGUUUCCGGCACGAGAACAUCGCUGAGUUAUAUGGCGCGGUGCUCUGGGGUGAAACUGUGCACCUCUUUAUGGAAGCAGGCGAGGGAGGGUCUGUUCUUGAGAAACUGGAGAGCUGUGGACCAAUGAGAGAAUUUGAAAUUAUUUGGGUGACAAAGCAUGUUCUCAAAGGACUCGAUUUUCUACACUCAAAGAAAGUAAUUCAUCAUGAUAUUAAACCUAGCAACAUUGUCUUCAUGUCUACAAAAGCUGUUUUGGUGGAUUUUGGCCUAAGUGUUCAAAUGACUGAAGAUAUCUAUUUUCCUAAGGACCUUCGUGGAACAGAGAUUUACAUGAGCCCAGAGGUGAUCCUAUGCAGAGGCCAUUCAACCAAAGCAGACAUCUACAGCCUGGGAGCCACACUCAUCCAUAUGCAGACGGGCACCCCGCCUUGGGUGAAGCGCUACCCUCGCUCAGCCUAUCCCUCCUACCUGUACAUAAUCCACAAGCAGGCACCUCCGUUGGAAGAUAUUUCGGAUGAUUGCAGCCCUGGCAUGAGAUUGCUGAUAGAAGCCGCCUUGGAGAGGAACCCCAAUCACCGCCCGAGGGCAGCAGACCUACUCAAACACGACGCCCUGAACCCCCCCAGAGAGGAUCAGCCACGCUGUCAGAGUCUGGACUCUGCCCUCUUUGAGCGGAAGAGGCUGCUGAGUAGGAAGGAGUUGGAGCUUCCUGAGAACAUUGCGGAUUCAUCAUGCACAGGAAGCACUGAGGAAUCUGAGAUGCUAAAGAGGCAGCGUUCUCUCUACAUAGACCUUGGGGCCCUGGCUGGCUAUUUCAACCUUGUACGGGGUCCACCAACACUAGAAUAUGGCUGAUCGGUGGCAUCAUUUGCUCUAAAUAAUUAAGACUCAUCACUGGGCUCCUGGAAGCUGGUUCUGCUGACUCCACACCGGGGCUCUGUAUAGGGAAUCGGCCUCUGUAUAGGGAAGCGGAUAUGGGCUCCCUGUGACUCAUGAAUGUGACUCCACGUGGCUCCCAUGGGUUUGAUUCGUGAAGCUGCCUUGGUAGCCCCCAGUCUAAAGGUUCUCAUGUCUCAGGUGGUGUAACUCAAAGGAAGUUGAGAGUUCGUAGAAGGAUCAUUUCUGGUGACUGAUUGCAUUCACUGUGCACUUUGCUCAAAAUGUUAAAAAUACUGAGGAUAUCACGAGGAUAAUGUCUUAGCCUGAAAUUACUAUUCUUGGUUCUAAUUUAAGGAUGAGAACUUCAUUUAACUCAGAAUAGUUGUUUUGUAUAUAUUGGUGUAUAUUAUAUGAUAACUCCUUGAGCCUUUGUAGGUAGGUUCUAGUAUAAAUUAAAGUCAUUGUAUUUUGGGUGAAUAGAACAACUUGAAUAUUAUAGCAAUAAGCUGGACUAGUGUCUUAAAAAUGGCUGAUUAUUUAGGAGCCAUCUGACAGCAGACCACUAGUGACAGGUUCUGUUAUGUUCCUAUGGAAACAUUUUGUACUGUAUAUGCUAUGCUUAAAACAUUUAAAACAUGAUGUUUUGAAUGUGGAUAAAACUGUGUAAACCACAUAAUUUCUGUACAUCCCAAAGGAUGAGAAUGUGACCUUUAAGAAAAAUGGAAACAUUUCUAAAGUCUUAAUAAUGCUACUUUUGUAACUCUUCUGACUCUACUUUCUUCUAAGCAUUUGUGUAUUAAAAUAGCAUACUGUGUAUGUUUUAUAUCAAAUACCUCCAUGAAUCUUUCUUACCUAUACAUAUAUUUUUACCAUUGUUAAUAUGUGAGUAUUCCCACUUAAAGUAUGUUUUUACAUCAUGCAAAUGAAACCAACACUUUUAUCCAGUAUAAUUGGUCAAAUCAACCGAAUAAACUCAG